AUGAAGUGUGCGACAAUUAUAGUGCUAACAUUGGCUGAAAUACAAUUUUGGUCACUGCGAAAUCCAUUUUCGAUGCCGAUAGACGAUACAAAUGCUUGUUUAGUUUAUCUAAAUGUGAACGGAACCAUAAAAAAACGGGAUUAUAAUGAAUGCACAAUCAACAACCGUUGUUGUUUUUCAGCUAUUACUAUAGAUCAGUUAGGAAAGUUCAUUGUUGAAGUAGGUGGUUGUCAAAAUGAUUUUCAAUCGUUCAUACUUGAACAUUCCGGCAUUCAAGUCCAUCCAAUUGAUCGUUUACCCUUUUUGGGACAAUUCAGUGAUGAAAAAAUCACGGAAUACUGUGAGUUCGAAAUGUGUCUCGCAAGUGCAAUGCCAAAUAAUCAUUGGCGGAUUUGCGCAUGUCAUGAGGAAAAGUGUAACGAAGAUGGUAUUGAUGAAAUGAUAAGAAAAUAUAUGGCUGUCAAACCAUCGGAAACAAGCACACUUUCCCUGAAUGUCUUCGAUCGUGAGAUUGAAAUGUUUUUCGAAGUUUAA